AUGGGAGCCAAAGAGCCACUCGAUGCCGUGAGUCCCCACCUGAGCCAGCCUGAAGAAACUGGUCUUCUUCACGACACUUCUCCCCUCAAGCUGCUUGACCAGUCUACUGGACAAGAGGCUGUCCAACAGGAGUACCUCAACGACGUUAGGGGGUUGGUGAGUGGCUAG